AUGUGUUCUGGAAACUAUACCCACCUUGUAAUGCCGAAAUCAAAUGUGAAACCGAAAGCUGUAGUGACAGAACCCAAACCCGAAACUGGAGGCGGUAACGCAAAAAGGAAAGCCACUUCAACUGCGGUCAGUAAUGAAGAGCUAAAUUUGGACAAUAGCGUUGGGUUAAUUGUGACCAAUAAUAUUGAAAUUGAAGUCGAUAGUCCUAAUGAACCUGAUUCGACCAGGAGUAAUAAGCGGAUUAGAUAUACGGAACCAACCUUGGAGAAACUUGAAACCGUUCGUGGGAACGUAAGGAUGCAAUCGACGCAUAAGGCAACAGAG